UAUACAUUUAUAUAAAUAUAUAAUCUUUUCUGAGAGCACACCUCUCUGGCACUUUCAUUAAUAGGCUCGAUGUGGCUGUGCAUUCUGACUGCUUUGCAAAUGGGCAUUUCUUCACAGGACUGAGUUUCCAGCACUCAAUAAGACAGAUCUCUGAGUAACUGGGGACUUGGCCUGCCUUCUCUACUGAGCCUGGGGGAAGAUCGAAUGGAGAUGAGUUGAUUAUAUUCCAUGAAGUAAUAGCUUACUACCAGCCAGGGUUUAAACUACUUCACCUGUGGACUCCUCUAAAUUUUGCUUUCUUGGGGAAAAAUACAGGGGUUAGUGGAGGUCAUUUUUAAUACGUUUGCAUCCUUCUCCCUCCCUAACAAGUUGAUGUAAAGGAUAAGGCUGUGAGUUCUUUGGAUUGCACCUUCAAAUCAAAAUAGGAGGAGGAAAAGAAAGGGACAAUGGCUCUGAGUGGAAACUGUAGUCGUUAUUAUCCUCGAGACCAAGGGGCCACCGUUCCCAACUCCUUCCCUGAGGUCAUGGAGCUGAAUGUUGGGGGACAAGUUUAUUUCACUCGCCAUUCCACCUUAGUAAGCAUCCCUCACUCCCUGCUGUGGAAAAUGUUUUCCCCAAAGAGAGACACGGCUAACGAUCUAGCCAAGGACUCCAAGGGAAGGUUUUUCAUUGACAGAGAUGGAUUCUUGUUUCGCUACAUACUGGACUAUCUCAGGGACAGGCAGGUGGUCCUGCCUGAUCACUUCCCAGAAAGAGGAAGACUGAAAAGGGAAGCCGAGUACUUCCAGCUCCCAGACUUGGUCAAACUCCUGACCCCUGAUGAAGUCAAGCAAAGCCCGGAGGAAUUCUGCCAUAGUGACUUUGAAGAUGCCUCCCAAGGAAGUGACACAAGAAUCUGCCCCCCUUCCUCACUGCUCCCUGUCAACCGCAAGUGGGGUUUCAUUACUGUGGGCUACAGGGGGUCCUGCACCAUGGGCAGAGAGGGGCAGGCAGAUGCUAAGUUUCGGAGAGUUCCUCGGAUUUUGGUUUGUGGAAGGAUUUCCUUGGCAAAGGAAGUCUUUGGAGAAAGUUUGAAUGAGAGCAGAGACCCUGACCGAGCCCCAGAAAGGUACACCUCCAGAUUUUAUCUAAAAUUCAAGCAUCUGGAAAAGGCUUUUGAUAUGUUGUCGGAGUGUGGAUUCCACAUGGUGGCCUGUAACUCCUCGGUGACAGCAUCUUUCGUCAACCAGUAUACAGAUGACAAGAUCUGGUCGAGCUACACUGAAUACGUCUUCUACCGUGAGCCUUCCAGGUGGUCAUCCUCCCAUUGUGAUUGCUGCUGCAAGAACGGCAAGGGGGACAAAGAAGGGGAGAGUGGCACGUCCUGCAAUGACCUCUCCACCUCCAGCUGUGACAGCCAGUCUGAGGCCAGCUCUCCCCAGGAGACGGUCAUCUGUGGGCCCGUGACUCGCCAGACCAACAUCCAGACUCUGGACCGCCCCAUCAAGAAGGGCCCCGUGCAGCUGAUCCAACAGUCCGAGUUGCGGCGGAAGAGCGAUCUGCUCCGGACUCUGACUUCGGGCUCCAGGGAGUCGAACAUGAGCAGCAAAAAAAAAGCUGUCAAGGAGAAGCUCUCAAUUGAGGAAGAGCUGGAGAAAUGCAUCCAGGAUUUCCUCAAGAUCAAAAUUCCAGACCGGUUCCCCGAGAGAAAACAUCCUUGGCAAUCUGAACUGUUAAGGAAGUACCAUCUAUAGGGCAGGGCUUGGGGGGUGGGAGGAUAUAUAAACCGUGUAAGCAUUUGGGAAGUCAACGUCCUAAAGGAAAUUCACAUUUGCAAAGAAAAACAACAACUGACAAUACACAUUUGUUAGAACACAAUGCCCACUGAUAUACUACUGCCUAUUUACCUGAUUCACCUUAACACGUAACUUCACAGGGUAGAUUUCUUUCCAGACGUGAAAGUGUAAGAAAACCUUUUUUGGCUCGUUUAUUUGUUUGUUUGUUUGUUAACUUGGUCCCAUGUGCUGAGUACCUUACACGUAAUGAGAACCAGCUCCAGGAGAGUAGCUGAGGGUUCUUGGGAGUCAUUUAUCCCAGACUGGCUUUUCUCUCAUCUCCUACCUCCCUCCCUUGAAUGGGAGCGUGGUAGAAAGAUAUCUGGCCUAAUGGCAUAUGUUGGAUUGUUUUCAUUUUCCUUUUCCAUUUCUUAAUGGGGAGGGGGGAUGGCAGAUUUGUAUGGCUUCUCAGUCCAAUCUAUGACGUGACAGUUUCUGUGGACUCUGUAUGCCUGAGGGUUUGCGCAACGCAAGUAUAAAGAAGUAUGUAAACGCACACACAGCGCACAGGAGCCCAGGGCCCAGACGGCUGACAGGGUGCCCUGCUCCCAGCAGGCACUGUCUCGGAGCCCCGCACCCAGAGGAGCCUCUGCUCUUUCCUUAAAACCCUUCUGGGAAGAUUUCCCAGCCUCUCUUGGCAACACUUUCUAGCAUCAAAUAACCCUCAUCCUCCAGAAAUCGUUUUAUUUCAAAAUUAACACCCUCAGGCCCCAUUUUACUAAGUUGCUCUUUCUCUGCAAUCAGAGAGAGUGAGAAGAGGUAGUCAAACACUUUUUGUAUUAAACAAACAUUCCUAUCCACAAAACCCCCUACUCAAUGGCCUUCCUUACCCGGUGUAGUUCCCGCUGUGGCCUUCCCACACAGUCCACAUUAAAUUCUCUGCACUCCCAUGUAACUGUGGAAACAAGAACACCACACAGUUCACACUUGAAUCAGGGUCCAGCCUUUUGCUUCUUUAAGAGGGAAUUGUAUUCUUCACGCCUCCGAAUGAUCACUCGUAAGUUUGCACAACUGCAGUAUGACAUUGCUGCUUUCCUGUAGACAGCUGUGUUUGCGCUGGGAUUCUGGGACUUGGCUGUGUCCAUACGAGGACUGGCUGUCAUGUCUAAACAUGCUCUCGUGUCUAAACAACCCAACCAGAUAUCUGGAGCUCCAAAACUGAGGUUUUGACUUUCUAAAUUAUCUUUUGUGAUUGCAUCCUUGACCUUUAUAGACACAGCCAAAAAUAAACUGUUAAUAGCCAUCCAGCCAUGUGACUCUGAGUCUAUUAAUGCACCAAUAGCUUUUCCAUGGACUUGUGGUAAAUGAAGAUUAAGAGACCAGGUUUUAUUUUUAGCAUUCCUCAUGCAUUUCAGUGGGAACUGAAAAAUAAUUGGUCAACAUUAUUUUUGUGCCAAGUACUCCUAAUAUUUUAAAUGGUGUGUUUGUAUGUCUGUGUAUGUAUCACAGGUAAUAAAGGCAACUGGAUGAUGUCUGUAGGGGGGAAAUAAUGACCAAUUGCUUCCUUUGGAAAUCUUUUAUUGAUGCCUUUUUAUUAUGUAAGAGUCUUGAUUCCUAUUAUGAGUGCCCAUUAGCACAGGCCUCUCUUUCUGAAUUUUUGUAAUUCUUGCCUUUACACCUGUGCAACAGACUCAGCCAGUGUUUCCUUGUCAUGAUGGUUUGAAUAGAGUGUAAAGUUUUACUUAAGUGAAAAAGAAGGUGUAUUGGAGAGUUGAGUUGUCAAGAGAAUAAUGAUUUAUGAGUUUAAGUGGUUUUUCUUUUAUGCAUUAAUAUAUUAGCAGAUAUUUGCUCUUAACUGCAACAUAGUUUUGCAAAGCUUACCAAUAUGUCUUCAUUGUUUUCAAUGCUUCCUAACAACACAUCAAAAUACCAUCCUACUCAUAAUAAAGGAUCCUGCAAAGAAUCAAAGAACUUAGUAGGUCAAGAAAAAGUUGAAUUUGAUGAAAAUACCCUCAAAUUUACUUUGGUCAAAUGACUCUUGUGACCCUCCUAGAAGUGCUGUCAGAGUUGGGCUUACCCAAAUGACCAAGGUCCCAGCCUCCUCCAAUUUCAGACCCGACUUGAAUGGCAUGGAGAUGAAGAUACCCUUGUAGGAAGUGGAGAACUAAUGUGACAGGAGUCGGCCCACUGCUUUGACUACAUACUUUAAAUAGGAAAUCAAAUGCAUCAAAGAAAUUGUCAUGGCGUUUUUUCUGUCCCUUGACCUGUCAUGACUGUUUUCUGCAUAGGCACUCUGUACCCUCAGUGAACCCAACUAGGGCAGAAAAGCUGUUUAAAACAAAACAUCAUCAUCCGGCUCUGUCACUCACCCCACGUAGACCAAACACCUAAGACCACAGGAUGCUCAUUUGCUUGGCUGCUGCUGUAGAGAUGGACGUAGGUCUGGUCAGGAGGAAAACUCUGAGGAGACACCGAGUAAGCGGCCACCUUCAGACCGAGUUUGAGUGGAAUUGUUAAGAAGUGAUGUGUAUGUAGCCUGCGAUGUGGAAAAUGAGUUCUGAGCAAGGGAGUUAUGGAUUAAAUUCUCUAGCGGUAGUCACUGGUAGUCACUGUGAUUCAGGCCUGUUUCCCUGAACUUAAAAUUCUUUUGAGAACUUUUAGCUCAAUUCUGGACAGAACAGUAUCGGUGGCUCCCUUCUUGAAUACUGGUUAUGACAAGGGCCGUAAGUUGCUGAUAUGAAGAAAUGAAUAGCAUCCAGUAGGUCGAGUAAAUGAGGAGUCACUCGUGCAGAGACCCAGCCUGGGUUGCCUCCUAGGAAACCCUGCUGUCUAAAAUAAGGUGAACUUGAGGAGGUUGUCCCCUACAUGUGUGUGGUUCUCCUGAAGGCAGACACAUAUAUGUAUAAAGUCCUCCUAAGCCCCAUCAAGAAGGGAGUGACCUGUGUUCAUCAGAAAAAGGGGAAGACAGGAGAGCAAACCGUGAGAUCCUGUGGUAGUGUGUGCUCUCCCUCCCCCUCCCCCGCUAGGAAAAAACUGCACUGAUAUGUGGGCAUAAAACGGCAAAGUGACAUGGCUUCCAAAGUGCACAGUGAUGUUAUCCUUUGUAAUUGUAGGCACCAUUAUCUUGCUGGAAGUGCAUGCGUGGCAAAUUAAAAUAAAAGGGGAACGAUGCACAAACCCUAAGUGUUCCCCUCACUCUUUCUUCCUCCCUAGCUAUGUUUACCCCGAACCAGUUCAUUUGGGGGGUGCAUAUUUAUUAAAGGGGAGUCAACAUGGGGUUUUCACUUUUCAGUUGGCCUUGUUUGGUUCUGAGGCACCUUCCCCCGUAGGCACAGAUGUGUGUCGUUCAUUCCGGGUCCUCUGAGUUGCCACUGCUUGAGCUUCUGGAAUACUUUUGCUUUUCUGGGUUUUCAAUUCCUCUCUGAUUAUCCUUUGUCUAUGCCAAGCAAAACAUUCUCCAGUGAGAAAAUCAAAGGCAUAUAUGAUGUUUUGCAAAAUUACUUGAUUCCAGCUCCCAUGAACGGGAGCCAAACUUUGAUUCUCAUACAUUUUCCUUCACUACAGUUUCCACCUUCCCACUCUGUGGUUUCCACAGUGAAUUAACCCAGGGCACUUGAACCCUGGUAUUUCUGCUGUGCCCUGGAAGAUGUCAAGCUGUGGAAUCUGACUAACCUUGGCCUGCUAGGUGAUCUUUACUAGAAUUACUGAGACUCUUUGUGAACUCUCAGGUGGAAUUCUUUGUCACCUUCGCCUGACAUAGCAAUUUUCAAAGGAAAAAUGAAGACAGUUAUUUUUUCCCCCCAGUGACACUCUGGAAGAUAAAUGUGGUUUUUUUCCCCCAAUUUACAUGCUGAGUUACAGGUGCAGCAUGGACCAUUUCUCUCUCUAAUGUCUUGAUAUUGGUGGUAUCUUGCAAUCUCAAUGGCCCACUGUUUCAAUUCUUUUUUUAUUUUCUUCUAUGUUGUCAAAAUACUGCACUAGAGGAAGAAUCAGAAUGAGCAUCCUGUGUUCCAAAUUAACAUCAAGUUAGGUGUCGUUUGUGUAGGAUGACACAGUGAUUAAUGUCUGCAGAGAAGUUAGACCGGAUGAAACCUGCUGGAAUGAGUCUGAUUUAUAUUGCUUUCAUCAUUCUGGUUCUCGAUGAAGUGGUUAUUACUCUCCACCUCUACUGAAAGAAUAGAGUCUUAAACUUUAAUAAUCACAGUGUCUCAAUGUGACCACAGAAAGUAUUUGUCUUAAACGUCUGUUUUUGUCACUUUGCUAUAUACAUCAGCAUGGAGGUUCUUUCUUCAGUGACCUCCAUCGCAAACUGUUUGGCAGUGUUUUUCAACCCUUGGUGUGCCCAAAAGUCACGUGUGGCACUUGUUAAAAAUUCCUACAUCUAACCCCUGAGAGUCUUCAGAAACAUCAAGUAGGGCCAAGGAAUCUGCAUUUGGGGCUAGUAUUCUUAAUAAUUUGGAUGGGGUGGUCUGUGGACCUUACUUCAGGAAACUCUGCUAUUUUAGAGACUACACAGGGGUCAGCUUGUCUCUCACUUGCUAGUGGCACUUCCUUUCCACUACAAAUACAGCAGAGCGUGCAUUGCCUGCUAAGAGAAAAGGCCCAAAGAAGCCCACCCCAGGGCUAGGGCAGAGUGAGUUUCCGAGAUCGUUUUGUCCUUCUGUCCGUCAUCCAUAACCUCUUGUCCAUUUUGCAUGUGCUUGUACCUUUUGCUUAUUUAUUUAUUUUUACUGAACUAAAAGCCUGUAUAAAUAGUUCUGCCCCUGGGUAGAGGGGAGCACAUCUCUGAGUGAGAUGUAUCCUAAUGAUGCCCAACAGGCAAUAAAAACAAUGAACUCACCCAAGGAGAGAAGGAGAGCUCAUCUCCAGGCCCCUAGGCAGUGGGAGUCAGGAGCUGGAGAGUGAUCUCUAAUUCUACCCUGUGUGAGGACCCGUGAGGUGGGUCCAUUAUGAACAUAUGCACGUGUCACUGAUAGCACUAUACGAUGAUCAGUGGAUUUAGCUGUGUUUCACCGGUAAAAUGCUUUGAAGUGCUAUGUUUGUCCAAUUUGACUCACACAGGACUAUGGAGCUCUCAGAGAGUUGAAGACCCUGAUCCCCAACAUUAACUAAAAACUUCAAGCAAACCCUGGAGGGAGACUAAAUAUAAAAAGAGAAAUAAAGAGUGACUUUAAACUAGUGGUCAUAUUCCGUGUAUGAUGGCACGGAGUUCUGUAACUUUCUAGUCUCUCUGACGGGGGGAGAUGGCCCUACCCUGACUGUUUGGACAGAAGCCUUUUGGAGGGCUUCAGUGGUCUGGCUCAUUCUGCCCCCAUAACAAUAACUGGGGAGGCACCACUUUCCCUCACCCUGUAAGAAAUAGAGAACGAAUGGCUUACAUUCACGUUUGUCGAGAUUGUCAAUGAAUAUUUAGGUACCGCUACUGCCCAAGGAAGGUGGACAAUGGUUAAUGAAACCAAUGAGCUUGAGCCACUAGUUCAGAUUACUUGGCCACGAUUUCUAAAACUGUGGGGUUUGAUUCUGCUUGCCUUCCCUGUUCUACUUCCCAAGGGGGAUCCCUUUACUGCCCCAGCUUUAUAACCUUUUAAAAACAUGUUCCUCUUGUUUGUGAACAAAUUAUGUUGUUUAUUGGCUAAAGAAUUUUUGGUUCCUUAACUGUCCUUCUUGAUUGACUUUGCAAAGGCGAAGGGAAAUGUGCCCUGGCCCAGCAACUAUCAAGGGGUUGGUUUGGGGACAGGGGCGGUGAUUGUCCUGCUAUUCAGCACCUCGGGCCAACUGGAGGAUUUAGUAAGUCUCCUUUCUCCUGCAGCCUCUUCCGUCUUGUCAGUUUAUUCUUGGCAUUGACCUUUAAGGUAAUUCGCCUGCAUUUGGACAAUAAAAACCAACAUUACUCCCGACUGUCUCCCUGCGAGUGUGGACUCCAUCCAUCACAUGUGGAAGCAGGGUUGAUGCACUAGUAGUGGAGAAGGUUUGCUUUGUAAUUGCACUCAUGGGUGAGCAUGUGAGCACAUAAGUGUGCAUGUACACACACAUGCAGUUUUUAGGUUUGUGGUGAGUCAGUCAUUGGCUAAGGCCGGUGGAGACAGUCUUGAGUUACAAAGUUUCACAGUUUUUACCUCAGCACAGCAGUAGCUACUGAGGGUGUUGGUCCUUGAGAAUGUUGAGUAAAGCUGAUCUCCUGAUGUGAAAUUCAAACAGGUUUCUGGGUAAAAGUCAAACUUAUUUUCAUUUGUAUAGUGAACUAGUGGUGACUUCCUCAAAAAAUGAAAAGAAAGGAACAAGAAAGAGAAAAGGAAUGUUUUGAAAGCUAAAACAAAUUGAGGAUUCACAUGGGGCAUCUGUAGUUUCUCUCAGCUGCAGGCAGUGGUCAGUGGUUUGCGGCUGUGUGUGAGAGACUGGAACAAUGUCACUGGAUGCUGUCUCUGAUUCGGUGGGUUAUGUGCAUUUAAGGUGGUGACUGUCACGGGGGGUUGAUUUUGCAUCCCACGGGACAUUUGGCAAUGCCCGGGGACAGUUUUGAUUGUUGUGAUGUGAGAGGUGUUACAGGCAUUGCAUGAAAAAAGACCAGGGCUGCUGUUAAACACCCUACGGUGCACAGGGGAGCCCCACAGUGAAGGAUUAUCCAGCCCCACAUGUCAAUAGGACUGAGGUUGAGAAACCUGAGUUAAGUAAGGGUUGGCUCAAAUUUUUCAAGGCAUUCUUACCAUGUAGACAAAGGCCUUUGGAUCAAGAGAUAGGAAGAAAUAGAAGAAGAAUAAUUAAUCAUUGGUACCACCUUAAAGCUGUCCAGGGUUUACCUGACAUUAAAUACAACUAUCUCUUUGUACAGGUGUAAUUUAGAGGGAGAUUUAGAGGGAGAAAUGCAUCCCUUUUUCCCGGGCUGCGGUGGUGAUGGGCAGGCCUGUGGUCUAGGUCUCAGUGUUCUGCUUCAGUCUCUUUCUGCUUCUGAAAAAUGAUAACUCAGUGAAGACAGAAACCUUCUAACAGCUAAAUGUGUUUGUUACGAAGCACAACGGGAGCACUCUCAGUUCACCUGACCCUUUCAGAGAUGUUUUGAACCUGAUUAAUGGCAAACAGAAGGUGCUCUCAGAAAUGAAACGGAUAAAAGGGAGCAACUAGGGUUAGAAGAUGCCAGUGAUUUCAUUGCCUUUGACUGCUCAUUGUGGACUUCGUUUAAGCUUAGCCCCUCACUAGCGAUAACCCUUUGAUCUUGGAAAACAUGAUCCUCUGACUCACACAGGUGACCCCAUGCCCUCGUCUUCAAAGAUACAAAAAGUCUAAGCACAGAUCCUGGCUACUUAGCCUUAUGUCAUGUGUAUGUACUGACUUUAUUAGGACACAAAACAUAUUUGUGUCUUAAAUAAUUUGACAUUUUUCUUUUAAUUUAUCAUCUCAACCUCCCAGUAAUAGAAUAAAGGCUGGCACAUUCUAUCCCCAUUGCAUACAGGGGAAACUGAGGACCCAGGGAGCUGGUUAGCAUAAAUUUAUUCAUCUGUUCAUUCAUCGAUUCAGCAGGUAUUUGCUGCAUGCAUUUGAUCCUGCAGGUCACCACGGUGAGAUUCUGCUAGAGAAUCAAACUUGGGAUAUAGAACUUGAAUUCAGAUUGCCUAAAUCUAGACUGACAUUAUUUCCUUAUGUAGUUCUGAUCAACAUUCUAGACUUAUAGUUUAAAUAUGGUUAUAAAUAAUGUAUAUUAAGGAAUUACUAUUAUGUACUGGAAACUCCACUAAGUGCUUCAUAUGCCCUAGCACUGUCUGACCCAGUGAAAUGGGCCCUGUUCUCAUCCCCUUUUGCAGGUGAGGUAAAGGAUAGGGAAAGGGGCACAUAAUUCCACAGUGGCAGGUCCAGUUUAUCCUCUGGGUUAAGCCACCCAAAGGCUGAUGGCUUAACCACAUCGCAUCAUAACCUUUUCCCGCCGCAUUUCUCAUUUCCUCUACUCCAUGCAAAAGGCAGUGAGGAAGAAUCCAGACUGACACCCUCCUGAACAUUAUUGACUAUUUUCAAUGGCAAACUCCGAUAGCAGGCAUCUCCCCAGGAAACAAAGGAAAGGCAGACUUGGAGGGGUACUUUUACCUAGCACAAACUGUACUUUAUGGCACAAGGCUGAUCGAGGGGCAGCAAUAUGGUAGACCAGGCAGCUGGUGAGCACUGAUACCCUGUGAAACCCAAAGCGGCCAGAUAGCUUCCCCCCAGGAGGACUGCACCUGCCACCACUCAUGGUGCCAUUUCCAUGUUACUGGGGCAAAUUUCAUGAGAAGUGAAGUAGGCAGAUGUGCCUCUGUGUGUGUGUGUGUGUGUGUGUGUACAAGAAUGUAUCUGCCAUUGUCAUCUUUUGGCUUUUUAAGCAGUCGUGGGCUUUGUUCAAGACAGGUCAGGAAUCCAGGUGUGACUGGCUGCUCCCAGCAUCUUGUCACCACUGUGCUAAGUUGGGAACAUGAGAGACAGCUGCAGAAAAGAGGCGGCACUGAGAUAUGUGAGUGUGCACGAGAGGCGUGUGUGUGUGUG